UGACAUCACAAAUAAACAAUAACAAAGGAAAGUCCUUUGAAUAAAAUGUAUAUUCUUUCCUACAAUUUAUUAAUCAAAAAUGGACACUGAAUCCCAUUUAAUAAAUGAAUUAGAUCAAUAUAUCGCUUCAGGUAAAAAUCGUUUGGAAGCAAUUCUUACAGCACUUGAUUGGACAAUAGAAAAUACAUUCAAGGAGAGAACGUGUACGACGAAUAAAAGAAGAAGCAAAGAGUCUAUUGAUAGAAAUGAUCCAUUCUUGCCAGAUAGUUUUGGUUGCACAAAUUCGGUUGUAAUUGAAAAAUCGGAGCUGCAGACAAUUGUCAGGAAGCAAAAUGUUUCCGUACCAGAUAAGUUUUCAGAUAUUCAGUUAAAUUUUACAAGAGAUCAAAAAUUGAAAAUUUAUAAUUAUGUUAUCGCUAACACCACAAAGACUUCUGAACCCGAACUUAAAGUCUCAUUUCCCAAUGAUGAUAUCAAUAACGCUAUGACCUUUGCCGAAAUUGUUGCUAAAGCUAAGAAAAAAGACAAAAAACUACAAAGGAAAUAUCGAACAAGUAAACCCACGCAUAUUGAAGAAGUACGGAAUUUAGUUCACUUGCAGAUGCAGGCCUUAGAAAAAUACUUUAAUCCAAAAUCGGAGUCACAAAGUCGAAGUUACAGGGACAGAGACAAAAACUCACGAAGAUCUCGUUAUGAAAGAAGUCAAAGCAUGGAUGAACCUACUCGAACUAGUUCAAACGAAUGUCGAUACAGAACAACCAGUGGUCAUCAUCAAAGCAGAAGAAAUGAUAGAAGAGAUCGUUCUACAAGAAGUCGAAGUAAUGAUCGAAGACAUCGAUCCAAGGAUCGAAUUUCACCAAGAAUUGUCCACCAGAGAAAACGCAGUAGAAACAGAGAUAAAGUCGACAAAAGUAAAGAAAGACAUAAGCGAAGUUAUAGUCCAAAGAGCGAGAAAAAACAUAAACACUAUCGCAAUCAUUGAACUUGCGUCAUUUACGAGUAAAUUAACUCAUUUCUCUUUAUUUAUUUCGUUUUGAAAAUAUUUGAAUACAAUAGCAGAAUAUCUUUUCUACAACAGGCUUUCUAAGCAUUAA